AUACGAUUGAAUGAGUGAAUGAAUGAAUGGAUAGAAAGCGAAGGUUGUAAUAUCAUACAAACACACUGUCAACAGAGAAAGUAAGCAAAUAAAGUGCACAGACAAAUUGUGAUAGUUCUUUUCUUCUCUUCUAUUUUCUUUUUUUAUCUUAAGUGAGAGACGGAGAGAAACGAAAGCAAUUUGCUAAUCAAAAAUAAAAAGAGAAAACAGAACUUUGCCAUACACCUUUGCAUUUCAUUGGAUAGACGCGUGUUAACACCACAACCACAACCACAACCAACAAAAACAACAGCAACAAUAAUAAUAACAAUAAGCGAAUAUAUAUAUAUAUAUAUAUACAAAUUAGCAUUGGACAAUAAAUAGAUUGUCACUGUCUCUAAUAAAUUUAUAAAUAUAUAUAUACACAUAUACAUAUUUACUCAUUAUACACCUAAGUGUGUGUUCCUUUAUCGUACGCAGAACAGAGAAUUUACAGAAUCCUAAUACAUAUUGUAAUAAUAGUGAAUUGGUUGUACUUUAAAAUUAAAAUAAGAAGCACCCCCGGGGGAAAGGAUUGAAUCAUUCUAAAAUAAUGUUGAAUACACUAGAAAAGAAUGAAAUACACAGUUAUGCUUAUAAAAAUAAUGAUUUAUUCUCAACAAGCAGUGAAUUCACAAGAUUGUUCAGUAUACUCCUUCUCCAGCAGCAACAACGACAUCAGGAGGAACAACAAGAGCAGCAGCAGCCACCGCCACAGAACUUAAAACUCACUGAUGAAGAAAUACGCCAAAAACCUCCCAACCAGACGACAGUUCCCAUGGAGGAGAAUUCCUUGAUUUAUAACUUCAUGUACAGAACAGAGUCAUCAGUGAAUACGCCGCCGCCGCCGACGACGACGACCGCUGAAGAAGCGCACAAUCAGAAGGAGAGACUACUACUACAAGAGAAAACGAAACAACAACUCAAAUUUGGGAUUGAUACAAUACUCGGCUGUUGUGUUGACAGAAGUCAGCAUCAACCGGCUAAGAGUUUAAACGAAAUAACAAAUCAUUUGAAGAAGAUACUUGAAAUGCGAACUGAACAGUUGUCAGUGAAAACUAUUAGUAAUACGGUGACAGUCAAUGAAACAUCUAUUUCUACGAAUAUAUCUCCGAAUGAAAGUAAAUUUCUGGUUAAUAAUGGUAUUAAUAUUACUAAUAAUACAUCGAAAAAUAUGAUGUUGCCUCCACCUGAACUUAUUAAACAAAUGUCAGUUAGUCUGUUGGCUCAGUCGUCAACCACAUCCUUCGUAUCAGCUUUUCCAAAUCUACAAGAUCAUCAGUACUCACCAGCCUUGUGUAUACAGCCUCCACUUCCACUACCAUAUCUUUCACACGGUCCAUUUCCUUUCAUCGUUAAAACCACUGCAUCAGAGUCGUCAGGUUCAACAUCAUCAUCAUCAACAUCAUCUUCAUCAUCAUCGUCGUCAUAUUUAUCACCAACACUGCCUAAAGAACAAGUCAGUUUAAAUGAAUCGCCGAUAAAAUCAUGGACAAAUUCACAGCUUUUCAGCAAUUUAAAACAACCACCAGAAUCACAAACUCUACAUGUGAAUAAAACACCUGAUUUAAACAGAUUAGAUCUUGGCUAUUUAUCGAAUGAUGCAGGUGUAAAUGUAAUUAAAACUUCACUAACCCUUGAUUUGUUAAAAAGUAUUGGUCCCGUUGAGUUUAUAAAUAAUGGAGCUGGAAUUAAAAAUCCUCUGGCAUGCAGUACAAAAUUCGAAAGGGAGUGGUUAAAUCGUCUCUAUGCUUCCCAAAUAGGCCCAAAUGAAUAUGUUUGUAAAGCGUGCGGAAAACAUUUUCAAAUAUUACGCCUUCUAACAAGACAUAUAAAAUGUCACAGUCAACUACACAGGUAUUUAUGUAAAUUUUGCUUUAAAGGAUUCAAUGAUACCUUCGAUUUGAAACGUCAUACCAGAACGCAUACAGUGCACAAAAAUAAUUGCCUAGAGUACAUAAACCACACACACAUACACUAAACUCUUGGUCAAAUAGGUGUGGAGAAUAAAAAAAACACUCGGAGUGAACCUGUG